AUGAAUGUCAACUGGAAGGAGGCAAUACUUCAAGCGCAGAAAAAAAUCGAUCAAGUUCUGGACAUUCGACCUGAAAGUGUUGAAGUAGAGGUUGAAGAAGAACCGGAACCACAAGAGGAUGUAAUCGACCAGAACUGCUCGUCACCCUCACAAAGUUCUGAGGUACUAGGGGAUGAUAUAGUGAUGUUGGAACCAGUUUUACCUCCUUUUUUGAACAAUCGAUACAUUGGUGAUGAUAUUCAAACAAUAAUUUCCUCGGAUAUUGAACAUUUGACAAGAGCAUCUUCUCGAACCGCAUCCCCAGAAAGAUUGAAAGCACCGUCGGAUUUCGAAAAAGAACUGUCAAUUUCCCAAGUUAGUCCUGUGCCUGCAUAUGUGUCAACUUCAGCAGCAACCCCAGAAAUUCCUUUACCAAACCCUGAGGACAUUCUGAAUCAAGCAAUUAGUGGCCUACGGAAAGAACUGACAGAAUACAAAAAAGCCAACCAGAUACUGCAAAAUAGUCAUGCAAACAUUGAGAGGGAGAUGGAAGAGAAUCGGUUUUCGCUGAAUGAGAAAAUGGUGAAUAUGUUGAAUGAAGAACGAGAGCAUUUCAAUCAGGAGAUAUCACAACUCAAGCUUACCUGUUCUCAAGCAGUCACAGAAAAAAUGGAAUUCGAAGAGAAGUAUAGGAAGAGUGAGAACUACUGGUCACACACAAAGAAGACAUUAGAUUACUUUCGGAAACAGAUAGCACAAAUGAAGAACAGCUUGCAAGAGACCGGCGAGACGUUUGCUUCGGAUUUCGAAACAUUUGGAGCGGAAAUAAAACGAAACUUGGAGAACCAAAGGAGGAAAGAAAGCCAGCAGCGAGCUCCAAGAGUGAUCAAAAUCCCGUGUAACUGUGCAAAACUAGCGAAAGAAGAUUCUGACUCAAUUGUCAAACAUGACGAAGCAACUCAGACAAAUGUUAGUAACCCGACAAAAAAUGACAGCAAUGAAUACGAUAAAGAUGAGAACAUGGGCUCAUCACCUUCUCACAAAGGAAACGGAAACGUCACAGAUCUCCUUAGGAUAAUUGAACAGCUGGAAAAUGAGAAAAGACAUUUGCAGAUACAAAGAAAGCAUGACAAACGGGAAAUUGAGGCGAGUCUUGAUCCUUUUAUACAUGGCGAGAAGAUUGAACAACUCGAUGAAAUCAUGGUGGACAAUGAGGAGCUAAAGAGUAUUCUGAAGCAGCAGGCCCUGGCUCUCACCAACAAUAGCUCCUAA